AUGGCACGGAACCACAAUUAUCGCAGUGGCUAUGAGAUUAUCUGCGCGCAGCUUCCCAAUAUUCUUACUCGAAAGCAUUUUCAAACAACAAGCACCGCUUGGCACGGCUCUUAUUAUCUCGGAAAGAUGGCUAAAUGGAACAUCGAACCAGACGUCACUGCCACCAUUACCCCAGCCCACAUGAAGCCAGGGCUUUUAUCGAUUCACUCAGAUAUCGUGUUACAAGAAGCGGGCUGUGUUGACCAUGAACAUUACCUUUGUGGUGACGAGCAAUCUGUAUGUGGACGCUAUGGGCAAAAUGCCCUCGCACCUGUAAGCGCAGUUGCAUUCCACAAUGGUCUUAAGUAUCGUUUCGGUGAUUAUAAGGUCUCUUCUGAGAGUACUUAUCCUGGUAAUGGAACUUAUAUCCCAGAUUUUGUCGCUGUUUCUUGCCCAGCUGCAAAUCUUGGUGAGCUGCUGAAACUGAAAAAAGACACUCCUCACAAUAUGGUAAUAGUGGGAGAAGCAAAGACGCCUUGGAAACAUGACCUUAUGACAGCCUGGAGUAAAUUUAGCGAGUCUGGCGACGAUGAAAAUAUUCGACAUGCUUUUGGGCAAAUUGUUACAUAUAUGCAACGUUUUAAGAUGCGAUACGGCUUUCUAACGACAUACAAUUAUACCAUAUUUCUCCGGCAGGAACUGCGUGGGGGAGAACCAGUAUUGUACUUUACCCGUCCCAUCGAAGCCACCAGCUCCCUAGAGAGUGGCAGUAUUUCAAUCCGCCAGUGCUUUUACUACCUACUUUCCAAGUGUCAGAGCCCUGGGGACUAUCAGAUUACUAGUCCGGUUUCGCCUUUACACUGGAUUGGUGACUUAGCUGCAUACCAAUUGUCCAAGACGCAGAACCAUCAGGAGCCGAUUACACCCCUCUCCCGCCGUACAGCUCCACCAGCAACAAUUUACCAAAAUACCCCAGACGGCUGGACUGGAAUGAGCGGUAUGUCGCCAUUGAAACUCUUCCGAGAUGGCUUAAGGUUCAGGGCAACAAUACUCUUCGACAUAAACCAUAUUGAAGGAUCAGACCCCAAUCACAAGAGUGUUAAAAUCAACGGAAAGGCAAUUCGGGUUGUUAUUGAGGAUGAUGCCGAUAUACAUGGAAAUCCCCCUUAUGAACGUUCUCAGGAAGAAUUUGAUUAUCCUACUUCUGAACAAAAACAGGAUGCCUGUGAGAAGCGCAACGUCACAUUCAAUGUUUUCAAUCCACAAGAAGAUGAAAGAGACGACUCUCAGAAGGGCAAGGGAUUGCUAUUUGAUGCGCUUGAACGUGCAAGAGUCCCAUCCCGGUCUGAAGAUCACGUUGGGGUUGACGCAGAUAUGUCAUACAGCCAGAGAGACCCACAAAGGUCGUUUAACCCAGAGUCAGAAUUUCCAGCCUAUAAACAUAGAGCCACUGACGACCGGGAAUAUUUAUAUCAAAGUGAUGACACAAGAGCAUAUUCUGAUAUGCUCCAGUCACCAUCACCAGCGGCAAGGGCUGGCCGAGAGAGAGAGCUAACGAGCUUAGGUAGAACGGACGAAACCUCGUAUGCGAACCCAUACUCCAACACCCCUCAUUCCCAGUAUGAUACCCAGCGACUGUCAGGAGCACCGCAACCAGCAGACCCUACUAGUCGGGCCUUACCUCAUCGUUCAAGGGACAAGGGAAAGGAGAAAUCCGAGAGAUCUGAAAAGUCGGAUGAAGGAAGAAAACUGCGCUCUUCAGGCAAAUCUACGGAUCAACAGCCACCUAAAAAAGGGGGCCCUUCUCUUUCCGGACGCAGUUCCAAGAAACGCUAA